AUGUCCCUUGACUACGAGCCACGUUUCACUGAACCAUUACAGGCUUCAUAUAUCGUACGCGAAGGGCAACCAGUAAAGCUGUCUUGCCGUUUUACUGCAUAUCCCAAAGGUACAAUAACAUGGUUGAAAGAUGGCACUCCCAUCGAUUUCGAAGCACUUGGUAUAUCUCGGGAUUUUAAGGUUGUCAAAGAAGUCGAUUAUACAGCAUUAUUAAUCAAAGAAGCGUUUCCAGAAGAUACUGGUUCAUAUAUAGUUGUAAUUCGCAAUAGUAUAGGAGAAGCUCAUUCAUUUACACAACUAACCGUGGAAGACUUUUUUUGUCGAACACCAGAAUCAGAAUUAUCUGAUACACCAAGUAAACCUGUAUUUGUUCAAUUCUUGCGUAAUACAACCAUCAGCGAAGGACAAAAGUUGAAACUGAAUGCAGCAGUAAAUGCUCAUCCAGAACCGGAGAUCAUUUGGUAUCGAAAUGAUAUUCCGUUGAAAAAUUCACGUGAUCUCAUGGUUACAUUUGAUGGACAACUAUGCACAUUAACGAAAGAUCGAUGUGAGAAGGAGAAUGAUACGGGAGUUUAUCGUAUAACAGCAGUGAAUUCCAUGGGCCAAGCGGAAUGUACAUGUCAAGUUAUUGUUCAAUCGAGUGAUACACUGAUGCUACGUGAUCGUCUUCAGUCCAAUCACAUGCAACCAAUUGGCGGUCAAGCAGUACAGGAAAGCGAAAAACUCCUGUCCAACGCACUUGUGGAACAACAAACUGUGCCGACAAGUACUCUCAUCACCGAAACAAAAUCCGUGUCCAAUACCUAUGAACAACAAGUUCAAACUGCAAAUACUACGGAUACGCUGGAAGUACCGAAAAUAUCACGAAGUAGAUCAAGUUUUCAUCAAGCAAAAACAAUGAAAUUCGGUAGUGCACCAAAACUAUCAUUUACAAUGAACACUCUGUCAACUAUGCCUGCACCUGAACCUAUGCUCACUACUCCAGUUGGCUUUCCACCUGAAUUUCGACAGCUAUUUCACGAUCAGAAAACAUCUCUUGGUUCCACAGUCAAAUUCGAAGCACGAGCAAUUGGUACACAACCUCUAAAUGCUUAUUGGUUAUUUAAUGGCUCGCCAAUAACUCAUUUAGGUUCUAAUCAACACUAUCAACAGCAGAUCUUUAAUGAUACUUACAUAUUAACUAUAUUUAAUAUUCGAUAUGAUGAUAUUGGUAAAUACACAUUACAUGUGGAGAAUGCGUGGGGCAAAGCAACUUGUACUGCUGAAUUAUUCGUUCCGCCUACCAUUGCAAGAUACGGUAAGAAAAUCUCGCGUCCAACCUGGAUUCAAUUAUGA